AUGGCAGCCGAUGGCGAGGUUGUAGAAAAAACUCAGGAAGAAAAAGAUGCCAUCAAGGCAGCAAGGGAGGCCCGAAAAGCCGAGAAGGAACGUCUAAAGGCCGAAAAGAAAGCUAAAAAGGCUGCAGCAGCGGCAGCCAAGGAGGCUGCCGAACGCAUUGAAGAAGUCACAUACCUAGACUAUGGCGAACAAGACAAUUAUCAGACCAUGGGUGAUUUUGCCAGGAUCAUGUCGAGAAGCCGUACAGGACGAGACUUUUGCAAUGUAGCUGAUCUUGGGAAUGUGCACAAACCAGGCGAAACACUUUGGCUUCGUGGACGGUUGCAUUCCAUCCGGGUCAAGGGUGGAUCUUGCUUUUUGGUACUCCGACAGGACAGCUUCCAUACUGUACAAGCUACUUUUUUCAAGGAUAAGGAGAAUCCAGAGGCACCCAAAAAGAUGCUAAAGUAUCUCAAAUCAUUGACUGUUGAAAGUAUAAUUGAUAUCGAAGGGACACUUGUCGAAGCCCAGGUAAAGUCGUGUUCCAUUCAAGACGUCGAACUUGCGAUUGGAAGAAUAUAUGCUGUAUCCAAGGCAGACGCCAUGCUGCCAUUCUUGGUAGAAGAUGCUGCCAGGAGCGAAGAGGAAGUCGAUGCAUCACAGGGUACCGACAGACCCUUUCCUCGUCUCGGACAAGAAUUGAGACUCGACAAUCGAUGGAUGGACUUAAGAGCUCCCGCCAACAAUGCGAUUAUGCGUAUUCAAUCUGCCAUUUGUCAGCUAUUCCGAGAAUCGCUAUAUGCGCAGGGAUUCUGUGAAAUCCAUACACCCAAAUUGAUCGCUGGAGAGAGUGAGUCCGGUGCAGGAGUCUUCACGACUGACUACUUUGGGUCCGAAGCCUGCCUGGCACAGUCACCACAGUUGUACAAGCAGAUGGCAAUCUCGUCAGAUCUCACUAGAGUCUUUGAAGUGGCUCCAGUCUUUCGAGCUGAAAACUCUAACACGAGAAGGCACCUCUGUGAAUUCACAGGGCUAGACUUGGAAAUGGCUAUUAACGAUCAUUACAUGGAAACUUUGGAAGUGAUUCAUACCAUGUUCAAACACAUCUUCAAUGGCUUGGAGUCUCGUUGGGCAAAGGAAUUGGCUGUUAUCAGAGAGCAAUACGCAUCCGAACCUGUCACUUUUACAGAAGAGCCAUGCGUUUUGCAUUGGCCAGAGGGAAUUGCAAUGCUAGAAGAUGCAGGAUUCGAUACGGGUGAUGGUAUGAGCGACCUGACGGGUGCCAUGGAGUUGGCACUUGGUGCAGCAGUGAAGGAAAAGUACGGAACAGACUUCUUCAUGUUGGACAAAUACCCAUCAUCCAUCCGCCCGUUCUACACGAUGCCUGAUCCUGAAGAUUCGAGGUUCUCGAACUCCUACGAUAUCUUUAUUCGUGGGCAAGAAAUCUGUUCCGGUGCUCAACGUUGUCACGAUCCUGAUCUUGUCCUGGAAAUCCUGGCCCAGAAAGGAAUUGAAAUGGGAGAUGGCCUCAAAACCUACGUAGAAUCCUUCCGCCAUGGAGUGUGUCCACAUGCAGGUGCUGGAAUCUCUUUGGGUCUGGGGUAUGCAUCCAGUCUCGAAUAG